AUGGCGAACCGUUUGCUGGUGCACUUUUUCGCCGUACUGCAUCUGGUGAUCGACAAGCUGUUGUAUAUCUGCCUUAAGUGGUACUGGGGUCCGAGCCGACAACGCUGCGCGACCCUGCAACGCAAGCGGAUGAUUGUAACGUAUAGUGCGGUCGAGCUAGCCCGGAUGAUCCGCACCCGGGAGGUGUCCUGCUACGACGUCAUCAGUGCCUUUAUCGACCGGCUGAACGAGGUCAACCCGCUCGUUAACGCCGUGCUUGACGGUCCGUUCAUUGAAGCACUUGAUGAGGCGCGGCACAUCGACGAACAGUUGGCGCAGGGCGCGAUCGGUGACGCCGAGUUUGCCUCGAAACCGUUCCUCGGCGUACCGUUUACGACGAAAGACAGCACGGCGGUCAAGGACCGACUACACACGCUCGGUAUCACGGCGCGCAGGGGCGUUAAGGCAAACAACGACGCCGAGUGUGUGCGGCUGAUGAAGGAGGCCGGCGCAAUUAUCAUCGCGACCACCAGCAUACCGGAAAUCAACCGAUGGCAAGAAACGCGUAACAACAUCAUCGGCCAGACAAACAACCCAUUUGACGUGCGGCGUACGGUGGGCGGAUCGAGCGGUGGCGAGGGAGCCCUUCUAGCCACCUGCGGAACGGCAAUUGGGUUAGGAACCGAUAUCGGUGGAUCGAUCCGGAUGCCGGCCUUCUACUGCGGUGUGUACGGCCACAAACCAACGACGGGCGUAAUCAACACCCGGGGGUGCUCUCUACGUACCGGACGAGAACCAUCGACAAUGGUCGUAGCUGGACCAAUGACGCGUUACGCGACGGAUUUGCUUCCGCUGAUGAAGGUGUUGGUGGGACCGGAAAAAUCGGCCACCCUUCGUCUAGAUGAGCAGACGGACGUGCGAAAGCUGCGUUACUUCUACAUUCCCGAAUCGGGUGACAUCAAGUGCAGCGCGGUGCAGCCGCAACUGCAGCAGGCGAUGGAUCGCGUUGUACAGCACUUUUCGAAACUUGUACCAGGCGGCGUGCAGAAGGUCACGCUCAGUGGUACGGAGAAAACCACCAACAUGUGGCGUUACUGGAUGACGCAGGAACCGGCCAACUUUGGUACACUGUUGGGCAAUGGGAAACCACUCAGUCCGUUGGUCGAGCUGGCCAAAAAACUAACUGGCCGCAGCGAAUACACGAUGGCGUCGAUCUAUUCGCUCAUGGAUUCGCUGCUACCGCAGGAGAAAGAGGAUGUAAUCAAGGAGAUGACGCGCCGUUGUGACCAGGAGCUGACCGAACUGCUCGGGGACGAUGGUGUGUUGUUUUACCACAGCACGACGCAUACCGCACCGUAUCACUACGCGGCCUUCGUCAACGUGUACAACUUUAGCUAUUGGUGUCUGUUCAACGUAUUGCACGUGCCGGCCACACAAGUUCCGCUUGGACUGGACGGGGACGGAUUGCCGCUCGGGAUUCAAGUCGUAGCCAGCCGUAAUCGGGACCGUCACUGUCUGGCGGUUGCGGAAGAAAUCGAGCGAAUGUUUAAUGGCCGCAUCGCACCGUUCAUCGUCGAUUAAAGGUAAGGUUUAUCUCCCGGAGAUGUCUCUUUUUUACCACCCCUUUUGGUCUCGUGCUGUUAUGUUUUGGGUAAUCGGUU